AUGUUGUUAGGUAUGCAGACGGGGAGGCUUGGGCUGCUGAAAAGCGCCAUGGACUGCGAGGAGCACAGGUCAAACCUGCCACGCCAGCAGCCGGAUCCCCCUGUCCAAUCCGCCUCAUCUAGUCAAAGCCUUCCGCAGAAGCGCGCCAUCGGCGCCCUGCAGAGAGAGGGCACCAGGCCGUGGAAGCGCCAUCAGUCUUCGGCGCCUGCUUCAGCAGUGUCCUUAUCUCCGGAUCCCAUGCAGGCUCUGCCGCAGGAGGCGGCAUUAGCACCAUCUGGGCUGUCACCUUUGCACCCAUCAGCAUUCUCAGUACAAUCAGCAGCUGCCCCCAAGGUGAGGGAUAUGAAAUCCGGAUCGCAUGCGCCACCAGCUUUGGUCAUAACGCCAAGGCCUGGGCCAAGACAACUCUUGGAGCAGGCGCCCAGCCCUGUUCUCAGGGUGCGGCCCGUUGUCACACCAAGACCAAGAGCAAGUCCUGGGCCAAAACAACUCUUGGAGACCUCAUCGGUGCCAAGAUCGCCCGUUUCAACAGCUUCGGGCGAGGUCACAGUGUCAAGGCCGAGUAUGAGACAUCCGUUGGAGUUGGCACCCAGCCCUGUUCCCAGGGCAGCAGGAUCGCUUUUGUCCGCAGCUUCCAGUGUCGCAACGCCACAGCCUGGGGCUGAACAGCCAUCGACCCCCAGCCCUGCUCCCAAGAUGAAGGGCACGGGAUUCAGAUUUUCAACGGCGCAGAAUGUAUGUGGCAUCAACUACAAGACCGAGUUGAAUAGUUUUUUAACGCGGUAUUUCCACAUGAAGCCCGGCGAAAAGAGUCCUGCUGUGUACACUACCAUCGGGUUGGGCAAAGACGAUUUUGGCCGAGAGCAGUUCCAGAGCACCUUGGCUAUCACACGCAUGACCCCCAAGGUGUACACGGGCGUGAACUGCAGGACCAAGAAGGGUGCAGAGAUCUCGGCAGCCAUGGCUUUCUUCGAAGAUGAGAUAAACCAGGAAUUGCUGGAAAACCUGGAGCCGUCAAACAGAGUUCAUGUUUCGUUGAGCAAGGCCAGAUUGAAACUGCUUUGGGCACGCAAAGCGGCUCAAGCGCAAGCAGAUCAGGCUCGCAGCAGUGGCCAAGGCAGCGCGCCAGAGUCAUCAGCCGGCAAAUGCCCUCCGACUUCUGGCUAG